AGAUUAAAUCAAUAAUAAAUAAAUACUAUUAUUAAACAAAAAGAAUACAAAAUUUCAAAUGCAAAGCAGGCAUAUCAACAUAAGCUGAAUGUUUCAUGCCACCACUAUAGUAUAGUCCAUACAUAUAUAUAUAAUAGUCAUUCCGAUUAGUCUUUUCUCAAUAGAAAAAAACUAAAAAUUCACAUUUAUAUUCCCCCAAAGAAAAUAAAAAUGUCAGCUUCAGCUUUAGGACAAUGCAAUGUUGUUCCUCGUACAACAACAAGUAGCGUACAUCCUCUGCAGUCUCAUCGUCACUUGUCCACUUUGUCUUUCAAUAGACAAACUGCAAACUCUUCACCUGCACUGUCCUGCACUCGAUCUACAGGUUUUGGUUCUGCCAUUGAGAGACAUUGUGUGGAUCAAAACAGGUCGGGUUUGUUUGCAACAGCUGCUGUUCGUGAGUUGAAUGGUUCAGUUGUCUCUGCUAAGGGACAUCGAUUUGCCAUUGUGGUUGCACGUUUCAAUGAUUUGAUCACGAAGAAGCUUUUGGAGGGAGCUCUGGACACUUUCAAGAAAUACUCAGUUAGAGAAGAAGACAUUGAUGUUAUAUGGGUUCCUGGCUGUUUUGAAAUCGGUGUGGCUGCACAGCAUCUUGGAAAGUCACAGAAAUAUCAAGCAAUACUCUGCAUUGGGGCUGUGAUCAGAGGUGAUACGUCUCACUAUGAUGCUGUUGUUAAUGCUACCACAUCUGGCGUACUUUCAGCAGGUCUAAAUUCAGGUACUCCUUGCAUAUUUGGUGUUUUGACAUGUGAUACCUUAGAGCAGGCUUUCGAUCGAGCUGGUGGGAAGGCUGGGAAUAAAGGUGGCGAAACAGCAUUGACAGCUAUUGAGAUGGCAUCUUUGUUUGAGCACCACCUAAAGUCAAGCCUUUAGAGUAGAAGGAAGAAGGCCCUUCUUACCAGCUCACUGUUUCAUCACAACACCGUUCUGGUUCUCACCUUUAAACAGAAUCUCUCUCGCGUUACCAUCCCAACUAGCUACAACUAAUAAGGUCAGAUAUCCGAUUUGAAGCUGAGCUACAUACGAACAAAUAAGUUCCCUCCUCGUCUACUCGUUGAUGCUGGCUGUAAUCCCUCUAGAAGUUUUGUGGAGAAAACAUUCUUGUAAAAGAUGUACUUGUUUCAGAAAAUGUUCUUGAACAAGAUUGCACUUUCUUUCAAGUUUUGUAUUUUUGGACAAAUUUCUCCAUUUCUUAUGCUGAGUUCAAAUUGGUUCUAUGUGAAUUGGAACUUCAAAA